AGUACCUGUUUCUAUAUAAAUAACAUUUGACUUCCUGUAUUUCUUUCUCUCUUUUUGUAAAUAGAAACAAUCUCUUUUUUAUAUUUUCUUUUUUCUUCUUCAUCUCAUAUUCCAUGAAUUUGCCAGACACUAUAUUAUCAGAAAUAUUCUCUUAUAUUCCGUUACCGCAACGUUGGCUGGUUUCCAGUGUUUGUCGGACUUGGAAUAAUGUUUGUCACGAUCCCUACCUUUACAGACAUCUUGUAUUUGAAAAUCUUGAGUAUAGAACACUAGUUCUUUGUUUUCAGAAAAUCCUUACGAUAUCACCUCGAGUCAAGUCGAUCAAAAUCAAGGGAUGCUAUUCGAAAUUUGUACAGAAUACUGUUGUGCCUGUCCAAUUUUCUAACGGAACAAACAAUCCCGUGCUAUUCUCCCACAUUACAGCUUUACAACCUCCUCGUAGACGAGCCGAAUAUAUGAAACUUAAUUUUGAACUUCACGACCAAUUUUCUGAUGCUAUUAAUCAACUGUUUGGUUUUAACAAACUUAAUCUCAACAGUCUAGUGAUUGAAGAUUGUACACUUGACUUGGAAAUGACGGAAUUGUUUUGCACCAUUGCUUGUCAUGGCCAUGGGUUGGAACGUUUUGUCUACAGAAAUAACCGUGACAAAGGCAUUCAUUCGUCAGGUCUACUACAAGCCAUAGUUACGGCUUGCCCUCGUAUGCGCGACUUCCGUGGUUUACAUUCUGGCAUGGAUGAUGCUGUUCUUGUGACAAUUGGACGGCAUUGGAGUUUGCUGAGGUCGAUAACACUAUGCUCACUAAAAUCUCGAAAUAUACGUGGUCAUGCGGAAAUUAUCAGCGAUGGUCGACAAUUGAUAGGGUCAUCCCCUACUGGUCGCAUAUCUAGCCAAGCCCUAUGGCAACUGCUAAGCCGGUGCAAUCAAUUAGAAACAUUAGAGCUAUUUGAUCUCUCAUCUGUAUCAAAUCGUGACAUGAUCAAUUACAAUAAUUUGAGAACACAAAUACCAUCGGGCAAGAAAAGAUUUGCACCCUACACUAUACCUAAAUCAACGUAUGCUACUCCUAACGCCAAAACAACAGUGCAGCCUGGAUUUUCAAUCCGAAAUUUAUUUAUAUCAAAGUACAUGACGACACCUUUAUCUAAACCAGGAUUUGAAAGUUUAUUAGAAUUGUUUCCAAAAUUAAGACGACUCGAAUAUGAAACUAAUUUCUAUACCUUUGAUAAUUUAUUCGAGGGUGUAACAAGAGAAAUGUUUCAUGCCGAAUGUAUUGCGGUUCAGGAAUGGUGCGACCAGAGAAAAGAUCAACUCGAAUAUAUCGGACGCUGGAAUGCACCCAUUACAUCCGAACAGAGAUUAAUGGCUGGCAUGGCAAGCGUGUCUGAAGGUGCUUAAAAAAAAUUUUUUUUUUCAUAUACCCAUCUCCUUCAAAUAAAUAAAAUUUUUUUUUUUCGAAACCCU